GAAGACUCGGCGGCAUGCCCAGCGCGUCUAUAUGGAAAUGAUGCAAGUAUUUUGAGUUGUACACUAGAUGGUUCCGUUACGAUACCAAAGACAUCAUGAUUCACAACUCUUGGUCCAGCCAGAAAUUGCAUAAAGGUCUCACUGCUGAUAUCUUUUUUUAUUAUAUUCUUUUUUACUUUUUUCUUUUUACUCUUCCAUGGCUCAAAAGUGCACCAGUCGAAAAUGCCGAUGUAUCAACAGACAAUGUGAAACAAGGGAAGCUUGCUACUGGCCUAUGUCACAUCUAUUCCGUUUCGUUGCUUGAAUAUACAAGUCUGGCAAUACUUGGACAUAGAUCUUUAUUGGGGCUGGACAUGGGUCUGGUACCCAAGAUCAUUGUUUGUUAUUCAGCCUUGUAUGUACUCUUGCACUAUACGCGGUGGUGCAGUGCCUUGGAGUUUGUUGUCUGGGCAUUGUGCGCUUCGUGGGGGCUAAAAUUGCAGUGAAAUUUGGGGAUUCUGCCAAGUGGCUGGCAGGUUGCAGGAGUGACGAUCGAGCGGAUAGAAGUUCACAUACGAGAGAUAUUAUUGGUCUAUCUUUUUG